AUGCCGUUGGUGAAGCUCUUCUCACGUGCGCCAUUGAAGGUCUCGGCCAGCGUUCUACACAAGUCCCUCGCGGAGAUCUGGGGUGUGAGCGCCACACCCGGAGUGAUGAAAGUCAUUAGCCUGCCAGUGCAAGAUGCCAGUGGUGCAGAGGAGGUCUACAUCGACAUCCGUGCCAAGCAGAAGCCGGAACGCACGCAGGAGGUCUUGCAGACCUGUUGCCAACGCACGGCCGAGCUCUUGUCUUCGCAUGGCCAUUCUUCCAAAGUGCGUUUGGAAACAUAUGAGCCAUCCCUGCAAUUUACAGCCGCGUCUGAAUGA